AUGUUGGCAUUGCUAAUUUUGCUACCAGUUAUUCUGGCGGAAUCAUUCUGGAUGACCGCCGAGCUGUUGCAGGUGGAUUGGAGAGAAGGAUGCCUAACCACCGCCGGUUGUUUCCAGCCCAGAUUCAAGGUACUUGAAGAAAUGUUACCAAUUACCGAAAAAAUUUCUAUCAGUUGGCCUAUCUCGGAGCACUUUGUACAGGAUUCCUCACGCUCGUUUGUGUCUCAUUGGGCCAAAGGUAAACCAGAAGAUCUGACGCUGUCUUGCCAAGUGGUCGGAAUUGACCCGACCUAUGGCUUUCCACGAGUUUGCGACCAGACGGCGACAAUUCGCGUUUUCCAAGAAAGAGUUGCUGAGACAGGCCGGAAUCGACGUCAUCAGGAUAUGCCUACGACAGCUAUCUCGGAAGAGGAGUUGGGCAAGAAGCUGAUCGAGAUUCGAGCCAAGUGCUUCAAUGCCACUCUUGCUGUACAAAAACAUACUGAAAGAUGCCCAUGGUGCCCGGAUCCCUCCGAUGUAACACUAAUUGAACAAAGGUUGCCAGAAGACACUUCCCAAUCAACUGCGAUUUUCUCACAAUUGAAAAGAGAUGAAAAGUUACUGCAUGUGUGCGUUCUGUUACUGGCAGGAAUUGCUGUUCUGGCAUCUUUGGGCUUCGCUUGUGUACUGGUUGCUUUUCUUCGCCAGAAAAGGACUCAUUGCCAUAUUUACGAGAAGCCGCUGCAUCAUCCUCCCCCGUCAACUUGGAAGACCGAUGGACACGCAAGGUACGGUAUACCUUGGGAGCAGACUCGUCCGCUCACAUAUAAGCUGUCACCAUCGUCGAAAGCCGAGGCCACAACCACAUCGCCGCUCGACUCGGUGUCGACACUCCAUGGCUCGCCUCCAGUUGUCAUCCCAUAUGGCUUCCGAUCAGGAUGUACAAUACCGCAGACAAACCUCUACCACGAUAUCGCCCCUAACUCUCCCAUGACAAAGCAUGACUCUGGGAGAGGCUCAAUAUGA